AUGAGUGUGUUGCCUCAAGCAAUCCUACAAAGCCCAGGGGAGCAUCCCAGGUUCAUAGAGCAGACUGUUUGCCCCUCGUUAGACUUUGCAAGGAUUCAUUUGAUCAAAGACAAAGAUGGCAUAGAUGAUUAUUUGGCGAAGAAUAUCAAAGGGUUGUCAAAACAAGAAGCUGCCGCGAACAGGAAUUCAUACAAGAAGAACAUCUGCAUAGACAUGCUGCGACAGGGUUAUCACAAGUCCUUCUCCGAGCUCUUCGCUCUGAUACAGAAGUGGAAUGCCUUGAGGGAGGCUGCGGGGCCUGGGUCAGCCAUAUGGCAGCAGAAGUCCCUGGAGGAGCAGCCCGAUAAGCUGGAUCAGCUUUGCCACCUCCUGACCAGAGCUGAGGCAGCCCAGCGAGCAGGGCACUAUGAGGAGGUAUACGAUAACCAGCUUAACUUGGCCUACUGUUUCAAUGACCCUGAGGACAAAUGGUUAAGUAAUUACUUCUAUGAACAAUGCUUUAACACUGCUCAACUAAUAAAAAUUGAUGGUGGGAAAAGAGAGGCACAAGCACAUGCAAAUAUGGGCCUCAUCAAUGAGGAACAAGGUCAAGUCAUGAAAGCUGCUGAGCAUUAUGAAGCAUUUUAUCAGCUAACAGAGGGUUCGACGUGGAAGGAUGAGACAGGCUGUACUUACAAUUCACUGGCAUGUGAGCAUCUCUGGAGAAUUUAUACAUUACUAGCAGACAAAAUGCUAGAAAAUAAACAACACCAACAGGCCAUCAAAAUGCUAAUAAAAGCUUUAAAAAUGGCAAAAGAAGGAGGUGAUAUGAAGAUGGAAGGAGAAGCUGCAUAUUGCUUAAGUUUAGCAUACCAUUUUGCUGGAGAACAACAGACAGCAUUAUCAAUUUUGAACACCUCUGUAAAAAUCUUCACAGCACUUUGUGAUUCUGCUGGCCUAGGAAGAGCAUAUGCAGCUCUAACCAAGAUCCUGGUAAGUCAAGGAAAAGCAUCUGAAACUAUUGAGUGCUUGGGAGAGUUUAUGAAGACUGCUGAGAAUGCUCAUCUAAGCCAAAGCCUGGUGGAUGCAUGUGUAUUACUUGGGAAUAUUUACAAUGAAAGAGGGAAGUAUAAUGAAGCUUUUGAGUAUUUCAGUCGGGCUUCUGAGGCAGCAAAAACUUUAAAUAAUUUGCCCUUAGUGGAUGAAACAAAGACUUAUUGUGGCAUUGCGAAGGCUCAUAAACUGAUGGUGGCGUUUAACAGCCGUAUAGAAGCAGAAGAUCCCAUCAGCCUCAAGUACCUGCUAGCAUGGAAGGAGAACAGAAGUGACAUGUGCACUGACCCUCUUACAGUCGGUAAAAUAGGUGGUUAA